UUAAAAUUGGGGGCCCUGAUCAGUCCCACCACUCAAAUUCUAACAUAACCAAAAAUAGAUCGGGAGCUCGCAGUUACACGCACACAUUUGCAUGCCCUGUUACUGUCGAAGCUUCACACAUGCGUCUGCCGGGCAGCAGCAGCUGCUUCCUCGUGAUCAUGCUGGUCCUCUUCACUGUCUUCAGCCUCCGCGCCGCCCCAACAGCGGCUCAGGGCGCGACGGACACGUUCAUCUACGCCGGGUGCUCGCCGUCCAAGUACGAGCCGCACACCGCCUUCGAGAGCAACCUCAACUCCCUCCUCACCUCCAUCGCCUCCUCCUCCGCCCGCGCCACUUACAACAGCUUCUCCUCCGGCGCCGGCAGCGGCAGCAACGCCCAGUCCGAGUCCCAGCCCCAGGCAGCGUCCGGGGCCGGGGCCGGGCCACGCACAGCCGCGUACGGGCUGUACCAGUGCCGGGGCGACCUGAGCCCCGGCGACUGCGCGGCGUGCGUCCAGCGCACCGUGGCGCGGCUCGGCGCCGUGUGUGCCAACGCGUACGCCGCGGCGCUGCAGGCCGACGGCUGCUACGUGCGCUACGACGCCGACGACUUCGUGGGCCGGGCGGACAACACCGCCGUGGCGUACCGCAGGUGCGGCUCCGGCAGCAGCGACGAUGGCGCGUUCCUGAGGAGCCGCGAGGGCGUGCUCAGGCAGCUGCAGCUCCAGGCCGCGGCCCGCGGGUACAAGGUGAUCACGUCGGGCGCGGUGCAAGGGGUGGCGCAGUGCCUUGGCGACAUCGCGGCGCCGGGCGGCUGCGGCGCGUGCCUGGCGCAGGCCGUGGCGCAGCUCAAGGACGCCUGCGGCUCCGCGCUGGCCGCCGACGUGUACCUGGAGCAGUGCUACGUCAAGUACUGGGCCGAUGGCCACGAUUUCCGCUCUUCCCAAGAUUAUUCGGGAGACGAAUUUGGAAGGACUGUGGCAAUAAUAAUUGGUAUCUUGGCUGGACUAGCACUCCUCGUGAUAUUCAUCUCUUUCCUCACGAAAGCAUGCUAGCAACAGGAAGUCAGGCGCCAUGGAGCUUGCCCCCCCACGAAUUGCCAGCAGUACAGAUUCAUUAAUUGCUUGUAGUUGCCUAAGGCUGGUCAUAGGUAACAUAACCUAGUAAGAACAUUCUCAGCAGCUCGUCUAUAUUUGGUUGUCUACACGAAGAUGUAAACAAUGGUUUAAAUUUUUCUUUUCUCAAAGUCUUAUAAUUUUCCAUCAGCUUGUCUAUAUCUAAGCUGUCUAUAUUCUCUCUCCGUAUCUACCCUUCUUCUUCCUUCGUCCCACGAGCAGCACAGCACCGGCCCAUCCUCAUCUUCCCAUCGGCGCCCUCCCUCCCAUCCUCCAUCUCCCUCAAGCAGCCCCUUCUUCCUCACCGGCCACGAGCAGCGGCAGCACCACCCCCUCCCCUCCUCCAUCGGUGGCACCCCUGUCCCUCCUCCACCCCCUCCCCUCCCCAGCGACGGCGCACCUCCGCUCCUUCAUCUCGCCCGCGGCGGCGCUCCCUCCCCUCCUCCAUCUCCCAAGCGGCGGCGCCCCUGCACACCCCAACCCUGCGGCUGCGCACCCGAGCCCGCGGCGGCGCUCCCUCCUCGGACUCCCCCGUGGAGGCGCCCCUCCCGUUCUCCCAUGGUGGCGCCCCCUCCCCUCCUCCAUUUCCCAGGCGGCGGCGCCCCUGCCUCCCCCAACCUUGCGGCUGUGCGCUCGAAUCAGCGGCGCCCUCUCCCUCCUCGGACUCCCCCGAUGGAUUUGGACGGCGUGGCUUGGUAGUCCAAAUGUGGACGUCGUGGAGGUGAAUUUAGACAUCGUCUACUUGUACACAAGCACAUACACAAGCUGGUGCUUUGGAUGCUCUACUUACCAGUCUAUAUUACUCCUUAAAUAGUGGGUAGAAACAUAUUUUGUGAUAACAUAUAUGUCUUAUUUAUUAGCUUUAUAAACUAAUUGUAUAUUGAGAAGUGUGAUGUGAUGGUACCAUAUCUAGUUACCACAACCCUCUCUUUUCUCAUUAAUAACAUGACACAUCAUCAAAA